GUUUGGUGAAUGUAUUCAAGCUUCUGGUGUUUGGAAAGAGUAUAUGAAUUAUCAAGUUGCAAUAUCUUCAAAAUAUAUGGUUUUGGGUGAAGAUUUUAAAAUCAAUUUCAAACUGAGUGCAGGUUCAGGAAAUAAAAUGUGUUUUAUUGAAACAAUUAAAUUUUAUAUUGUUCAAAGAUUGCAAUGUGAAAAAAGGAGUGAUUAUAUUGGUGAUGAUGAAACUUUUUCAUUCACAAAUAAAUAUUUGUUGAAAUAUUUGAAGCUUGAAAGGGAUGAGUCCGGGUUGAAAUCAUAUGAAGGUGACUGGACCAUGAAAAUACCUAAGGCAUUACCAUUCUGUAUUCAUCCACAUUUAACAAAUAGACAAGCAGAGUUUGAAAAUUAUAAAGGAUUGAAAGUAUCACACUUUAUCAGGAUAGUACUUGAAGUGGAGCCAAUAGAAUUUGUCAAACGAUCCAAUAUAUCAUCAACAUCGUUAAUAUCGUCUUUGGAACCAAUUAAGAAUGACACUCCUUUAUCAGUUGAAUCCAAUGACUUUGUGGUGAACCUGAGUCUGAAAAGUGAUGUUUUCUUCAAGGCACCAAUCCGUUUACUAUCACCAAAUGCUUUAAAACAACCAGCACCACCAACAUAUGAAGAAGCAAUUCAGGAAACAGGUACAGCAACGAACAAACUAGUCUUCAAUCCUUUAAAGAUUGUCAAAAGACGUGUGAGCAAAAGCGAUGCCUAUUCACCACCAGCAUACCACCAAUAAACAAAUUAAC